AUGAGCUGGUUCCGAUGGUUGGUCGAGGCGCAAGAUGAGGAAGAAGCUUCGAUCGCACAGCUGGGGAAUAAGCGACGGCCGGGUCGGCCUGUGAGAAGCUGCAAUCCAUCCAUCCCAACGCCCAGUCCGCCCCAGUACGAAGCCAGUCCUACACUGGCACGUUCUUUGAAGGUCGCCACCCUACCAGGACGUCCUCAGGCAGAACGAGUCUUUGUGCGUGUCUAUGAUUUGGGAAAGACCUUCUUAACCCGCUGGCCCAACAUGCUGGCGAGGGACUAUGGAGCCUUUCAUUCAGGAGUGGAGGUCUAUGGCAUGGAGUGGUCCUUUGGAAUGACCCUGGACAGCUGGUCCACAGGCGUGGCUGCGAACGUGCCUGGCCAUCAUCCGGAUCAUACCUUCCGUGAGACCUUGUCCAUGGGCUGCACCAACUUGUCCCAGGGCCAGGUGGCGGAAGUGCUCAAAGACAUGACCGCGGAGUGGAAGGGUCGGACCUACGACGUACUCACACGGAAUUGUCACCACUUCUCCGAUGAGCUCUGUCGCCGCCUGGGUGUGGCGCCCUUGCCGCCCUGGGUGAACCAGCUGGCGGGCGGCGCGGCGUCGGCGGCUGGGGUGAUCGAGGGCGUCUCAGCCAGCACAGGGAAAGUGGCGUCAGAUGUGGCAUGGCUCUUCACCAGUGCAGCAGGUGGUGUGUACAGUUUGGUGGCGCCCUCGCGUGACAACCGUUCCGAGGAGCCCACUGAGACCUGGCAACGGAGAGAUCUGGGAGACUUCGAGUUGGUGAGGAAGAAGCUGAAGAAGAAAGCGCUGAGCAAGGCCGAAAUGAAGCCCAAAGUCAAGGCUCGAAAGGCUGAAGAUUCGGAGGAGGAAGAGGAGGAACAAGAAGAAGAUGUGUCAGCAGAGGAGACCCAGGUCGGCGAGAAUCUCAAGGUCUUUGUGGGGAACAUCCGCUGGUCGAAGGUACCGACGCGACCCGAUGGGCACCGAAGGGGACCACGCGCGACGAGACAUCCUUUGAAGAAGCACGCAUUUGCAUCUGCAUGCCUUUGCUCUACUUGCUGA